CCUAUCCUCAGCCGCUGUUAAGGUCACCGCCGCUGGCAUUCGGGAGCUAGCCAGCCACCGACCAGCCGUCAAAGACGCCGAAGCGGAGGCGACACAGCGAGGAACGCGACGUGCCGAGCAACCAGAAAGCAAGAAAAAUGUCUCUUUCGAACAAACUCACCCUGGAUAAAGUGGAUGUGAAGGGGAAGCGAGUCAUCAUGAGGGUAGACUUCAACGUUCCCAUGAAGGACAAGCACAUCACAAACAACCAGAGGAUCAAGGCGGCCGUUCCGAGCAUCAAGCAUUGCCUUGAUCACGGCGCUCAGUCAGUGGUUCUGAUGAGCCACCUGGGCCGCCCCGACGGGAACUUUGUGCCGGAGAAGUACUCGCUGGAGCCCGUCGCCGCCGAGCUCAAGACCCUGCUUGGAAAGGACGUGACCUUCCUGAAGGACUGCGUUGGCGCCGAGGUGGAGGCGGCCUGCGCCAACCCGGCCGCCGGGUCCGUCAUCCUGCUGGAGAACCUCCGCUUCCACGUGGCCGAGGAGGGAAAGGGCAAGGACUCUUCUGGGAACAAGACGAAGGCCUCCCAGGAGCAGAUCGACUCCUUCCGGGCGUCUUUGUCCAAACUGGGAGACGUUUACAUCAACGACGCCUUCGGCACAGCUCACAGAGCCCACAGCUCCAUGGUGGGCAUCAACCUGCCCCAGAAGGCGGCCGGCUUCCUGAUGAAGAAGGAGCUGGACUACUUCGCCAUGGCUCUGGAGAAACCUCGGAGGCCUUUCCUGGCCAUCCUCGGAGGGGCAAAGGUGAAAGAUAAGAUCCAGCUGAUCAACAACAUGCUGGACAAGGUGGACGAGAUGAUCAUCGGCGGCGGCAUGGCCUUCACCUUCCUCAAAGUGCUCAACAACAUGGAGAUCGGCAACUCCCUGUACGACGAGGAGGGCGCCGGCAUCAUCAAGGAUCUGAUGGCCAAGGCCGAGAAGAACGGCGUCAAGAUCACGCUGCCCGUCGACUUUGUCACCGCCGACAAGUUCGACGAGAAGGCUGCCACGGGCACGGCCACCGUCGCCGCCGGCAUCCCCGCUGGCUGGAUGGGUUUGGACAGCGGGCCCGAGAGCUCCAAGGCGUACGGCGAGGCGGUGGGCCGGGCCAAGCAGAUCGUGUGGAACGGCCCGAUGGGCGUGUUCGAGUGGGACAACUUCGCCAAGGGGACUAAGAACCUGAUGGACAAGGUCGUGGAGGUCACCAAGUCUGGCUGCGUCACAAUCAUCGGUGGGGGCGACACCGCCACCUGCUGCGCCAAGUGGAACACUGAGGACAAGGUCAGCCACGUGAGCACAGGAGGCGGAGCCAGCCUGGAACUGCUGGAAGGCAAAGUCCUCCCCGGAGUGGACGCCCUGAGCAACGCCUAAAACUCCUUCCGGUCGACCCACUGAAGUGUGUGUGUGAGAGAGAGAGAGAGAGAGAGAGAGAGAGAGAGAGAGAGAGAGAGAGAGAGUGUGUGUGUAUUCUGAGAGGUGAGUAGCGACCGAAAAACAAACAGGUGUUAACUCAAGUGACCCUGCAUUUAAAAAAACACGCACUCAGUGGGCGUUUAUGGCAGAUCAACGUGUAACGAGUAGAACUUCUGCCUUGUUGUUGUGACCCAACUGGAGGACUGCUAGAGUAGCCGGAUGGUUAGGGUGGAAUUUACUUUGCUGUGAUGAAAAGUCGACGUCGCUCCAGAUUUUUAGGCUGCACGUGUUACGCUCCUCCUGUCAUUCCCUGCUGCUGUAUGACGUGUGUGAUUAGUGGCUAUUCACAGCGUCACGACUUGUACACAUCCAUUUGGGCAUCGGUAUAAAGGAACGGUUCACGUUGGCGUUUGUGUACCUUCUGGCGGUUCUGCUAGCCUAUUAAUAAAUGUCUUUAAAACCUU